CCCUCCUCGCUCAACCUGCUUAUCUAAACUGGGCAGGGCUCGAUAUACUCACAGCACGGUGGGAGGGCCUUGUCUGCUUUCAAUCAAUAACCUCUGGAAUUUAGAAAUACAAGAAGGUCCUGUCUCUGGCAGGCGGUAACACACUCUGAGGGCGGGCUCCCAGGCGCACACGGCAGACUUUUCCAUCGGCUCCUGUCACUUCUUCCGUGUGUUUCCGCAGGUCUGACGGCGUUCUGGGUUUAUCACAAUGGCCGAUCACACGUCGCCAGACUACUUCAGCUGCUCCCUGUGUCUGAACCUCCUGAGGGAUCCGGUGGCUAUCCCCUGUGGGCACAGCUUCUGUAUGGACUGCAUCAGCGGCUACUGGAAUGAGGCUGACUACACGGGGAUCUACAUUUGUCCCCAGUGUAAGAUCACGUUCACCCAGAGGCCAGUGCUGCGGCCCAACGCCACCCUGAGCAUGGUGGCUGAGAAGAUCAAGAAGAGCGGACUGGACCUCAGCCCGAACGCGUCCCAGGGGAAUGUUUAUGCUGGCGCAAACGACGUCCCCUGUGAUUUCUGCACCGGGAAGAAGUUAAAGGCCGUCAAGUCGUGCCUGAACUGCCUGGCGUCCUACUGCGAGAAGCACCUGAAGCCUCACUACGAGUCGGCCACCUUCAAAAGGCACAAGCUGGUGGACGAGCUGGGAAACCUGGACAGGAAGAUCUGCCAGCAGCACCAGAAGUCCCUGGAGCUGUUCUGUCGCACGGACCAGAUGUGCAUUUGUGCCAUCUGCACAGUCAGUGAACACAGGGGCCAUGACAUUGUGUCCGCUGAGGCCGAGAGGAGCGAGAAACAGAAACUUCUGGGAGUCUCCCAAGCUGAGAUUAGACAGAAAUGCCAGGAAAGGGUGAAGGAGCUGGAGGAACUGAAAACUGCUGUGGAUUCCCUGAAGAACUCGGCCCAGAGAGCGAUGGUGGAGAGCCAGAAGAUGUUUGAGGACAUGAUCCGCUCCAUUGAGCGAAUGAGAUCAGAGGUCACCAAGCUGAUUGGUAUCAACGAAAAGGCAGCUUUCAACCAGUCUGAAGCUUUGGUCGAGCGGCUGGAACAGGAAAUUGAUGAACUGAAGAAAAAGGAGUCUGGUCUCAAGCAGCUGUACAGCACCGAGGACCACAUUCACUUUCUGCAGAACUUUAACUACCUGUGCACCCCCACUGACGACGGCUUCAUUCCAAAAGUGAGCUUGAACCCAGACUUUUCCUUCGCGGCUGUCAGGAAAGCUGUGGGUGAGAUCAAGGAGCGCCUCGAGGAAUUUGGCCGAGAGGAGCUGCUAAGGAUCUCCAAGUCAGUGAAUGAAGUCCCAGUCUACACUACGGAAAGUCGAACACUGGAAAGAAAGAUCAGAGCCAAAGAAAUGACAGUGGACAACACUCCUCCUCCUCUUCCAGAGCCGAGAAGCAGAGCAGAUUUUGUGAAAUAUUUCUGCCAGUUGAAACUGGACCCCAGCACAGCCUACAAGGAGCUGUACAUCUCUGAGAACAGCAGGAAAGUCCUCCGCACCAGAGACCUGCAGCCCUACGGCGACAACCCAGAGAGGUUCGAUAGCUUUGCCCAAGUGCUGUGCAGAGAGGCCUUGUCUGGAGGCCGCUUCUACUGGGAGAUCGAGUGGAGCGGGGAGUUCUCCAUCGGGGUGGCCUACAAGAGCAUCAGUCGAAAAGGCAAAGGGUCAUUGUGUCUCCUGGGCUACAACGACAAGUCCUGGAGCCUCCUCUGCUCGGACUCAGGUUACUCUGCUUGGCACAACCGGGUGGACAAAGCCAUCAGCGGCCCCCACUCUCCCAGGCUGGGUGUGUACCUGGACCACAGCGCAGGUGUGCUGGCAUUUUACAGCAUAGGCAACACCAUGACCCUCCUGCACAGGUUUGAGACCAAGUUCGUCGAGCCCAUCUAUCCCGGGUUUGGAGUCGGAACCUCGGUCAGGAUCUGUAACGUCAAGUGAUGAAUAUUUAUCUGUCUUCAUUUUAUCAAUAUCUGAGCUCUUGUGAAUAUCUGAACAUAUUUUUUUCAAUGCUUUUGGACUAUAUAUUUUUGCUAAAUGUUGAAAGUGUAUCAAACCACGUGGGUGAAUUUAUGUGUAUAUAAAUUUUUGAUCUUUAGACAUAUUAACUUUUGCAUUGCAUUGUUUUUUUUAGGAAAUAACAAAAUGCUUUAUUGCUACACAACUGCGACAUACAGAAAAGUGUUACGCCUCUUAGCUUCUGAUCAGAACUGCUGGAUGAUAUUACAACAUGUCAUGUUACAUUUUUUCAUUUAUUUGUUCCUAACAAAUUUCAAAUUAUUUUAUUAUUUAGUCAUGAGUCACAAGCAACGACAACAUUAAAUACAUUUACUUGUAAUAGGACCUCACGUUGUUGGCCAAUAUUAUUGCACAAUAAACUGAAUACAUUAUAUACUUUUGAAAGUAGAAGUGAAAAGGAUUAUUACAUUAUUGUUGUCCGAAUAUAUAUAAAAUAGUAUUUGUUUGUAUUUUUAUUUCAUGUUGUGAUAUUAUUCAACAGUGAAAUCAGUUGCUAAGUCCUGUUUUUUAUUCACUAAAAUAAACUAACCUUUAUUUAAUUUUGUGAUGUUUACUUAUAGAACAGGCAACUUAAGUAUAAUUGUAUCAGUUAAUGAACACACUCAUUUUUGAUAGAAAUAAAUAAAGAGACAUAUGAAUUCCUAGUUUUGUUUUUAUUUUAUUUAAUUUUGCAUAAUAAUUGUUACCCAUAUUUCUUCAUUAAAUGUUUCAAUGGGUAAAGGUCUGCAUGAUUUGGACAUACAAAACUUAAUCCUUCAUUUUAUGUUUGAACUAAAAGUCAAAUUGGUACGUGAAAUAGUCCAUUUGAAAUCACAAGCAUGUCCAUUUGCUGAUUUGGAGCAUUCAGCUGUGUGUCAGUAUGAGCUUAACAGAUAUUUCCUUAAAUAGGCUAUUUUCUAUUAUUUAACUGCAGGCAACUGAAUAAUCUGAAAUAAU